ACACUGCAGUCAGAAGAGGGCCUCUCUUCCUUCCCCUUGCUUUCCACAAACAGUUGAGCGAACCAGAACUUUGAGUGAUGAUGGCUGGGAAUUCAAUCCUGCUGGCUGCUGUGUCUGUUCUCUCUGCCUAUCAGCAAAGUUAUUUUGCUUUUCUGAUUGGAAAGGCGAGAUUAAAAUACAAAGUCACACCCUCAGCAGUUACCAGGUCACCAGAAUUUGAGAGAGUAUUCUGUGCACAACAAAACUGUGUGGAGUUUCAUCCCAUAUUUAUAGUUGCAUUCUGGAUGGCUGGGUGGUAUUUAAAGAUAAAAUAG